AUGUUAAAAUAUUUUCCUCGAGCAGUGCGCAUAUGGCUUUAUGGAACCGCGCUUUUUAGUUUGGCGAUUGGUAUUAAUGUAGUUCAGCUUUUAUCAAUGUUGAUAAUUCCAUUUUCUAAAAGAUUAGUAUGGAAAAUCAAUUCUAGAAGUGCACAUAGUAUGUGGUGGGUCAUGCAAUGGAUAUUUGAGCGUCAACACAAAGGAAAGAUUACAUUUUCUGGUGAUAAAAUACCAUCAAAUGAGAGUGCAGUGGUAAUAAGUAAUCAUCGAUCAUUUACAGAUUUUUAUAUGUUACAUUCAGUAGCUAUACGUAAAAAUAUGUUACCUCAUGUCAAAUAUUUUGCUAAAGAUUCCUUAAAAUAUAUUCCAUUCUUUGGAUAUGGUAUGUGGCUUAUGGGAAUGAUUUUCAUAAAAAGAAAUUGGACUCAAGAUCAAAGCCAAUUAAGAAAAAUAUUUAAAAGAAUUAAAGAAUACGCAGCACCAAUUUGGAUUGUUAACUUUGUUGAAGGAACAAGAAUGACGCAAAAGAAAUUAUUAGAUGGACAAGCAUUUGCUAAAGAAAAAGGUAUACCUAUCCUACGACACCUUUUAGUACCUCGUACAAAAGGAUUUGUUGCAUGUAUUCGUCAGUUAAGAAAUACUCAUGUAAAAUAUGUUUAUGAUUUUACGAUUGCAUAUCGUCAUUUGAAACAAGGAUUAUCAUUUCCACCAAAUCUUAUUCAAGUUCAUGCAUACUCAAAAAUCUCGCCACCAUGGUCAUUUCACAUACAUAUGAAAAGAUAUGCAAUUGAGGAUUUGCCAAAUGAUGAUGAACAAUUAAAAGAAUGGGUUAGUAAAAUAUUUGUUGAAAAAGAUAAUUUGUUGGAGGAUAUGAAAAUGAAUUGGACAAAUAGUGAAAAAUUAGGUGCUAUUGUAGAAGAAAAAUUUUUUAAUUAA